CCCUACCACCAUCAUCCUCUAUAUAAACAUAAACCAAGAAAUGUAUUUUUAUCAUCAUAUCACAGAUUUAGCUUUCUCUUUUAUCUUAUAACCCAAUCUUUAUAUUUAACCCCAGAUUUGUUAUUAAACAAAAUAAAUAAAGGGGAGAGAGAGAGAUAAAACAGACAACAAAAAGAGUUCUCUUUGGUUUAGUGCUUGCAUGUCUUUUCCAAUUGAUCUCUAAAUUUUUUGCCUUGUUGUCAGUAUUUUUUUUUUUUGUCACUUCUGUAACAACAAUGGCGGAGUUAAACCCAUAAAAGGAGGAUUCUUUCAAAUACAUAUCCUCUUGGCUUCUUCAGCAAAUUCCCAGGUUCAGUAACCGGAGGAGAGAGCUUUCUUAAUUAGAGUAUGAAAUAUGGGAAAUUGAGUUUAAGGGUGUAAAUGGCAGGAUGUUCAGGUUCCAAUUUUAGUUCAGGUCCAUACAUUGAUGUUAGGGUUGAGUAUUUGAAUGAAUGUGAGAACAGGUUAAAGAAAUUGUUUCGUCAAGCUCUUUUGUUUUUUCUUGAGGAAGAGGCUAAUGGAAAGCCUCUGCCUGUUAUUCUAGGUAAUGGUAAAAAAGUUAAUUUGUUUAAGCUGUUUGUGUUUGUCUGUGAGAUAGAUGGGUUUGAUUCUGUGUCUUGGAAUGGGUUGUGGGAGUUAGUGGCUGAGAAGUUAGGCUUGGAUAGUUCAGUUUCUCCAACUUUGAGAUUGGUUUACUCCAAGUAUUUGAACCGGUUGGAGAAAUGGGUGAUGGAGAACUCGAGGAAAGUGAAGUUGGAAGAUCCGGUUGUUAGAAAGAUAGGUUCUUAUGUGGGUUUGUUACAUGAGCUAGGGUUUGGAUUGAAGAGUUUCUUGGAAAAUGGAAAGCGUCAGAAACGUAACAGAGCUGUGGCAUUAGGUUGUAAGAAUAUUGAAGAGUCCCACCAUAGGAAGAAACUUAGACAUGAUAAUAAUAAUGAAGGAGUAGGAACGUCUUGUCCUGUUGUUAGUGAUGCGUCUGUUGUAUGUCUUGAGCAACAAGUAGAUAUACCGGAAAUGCUGAAGUGGCUGACUUCAGUUGCAAUAUCUCCUCAUGAUCCUUCCAUUGGAGUUAUACCACACUCUUGGAAAUGGAAGAAGUUUACUGGCAAGGAGUAUUACAUCCAAGUCAUUAAAGCCAAAAACGCUUUGCUUCUUCAGAGACACAAUGCUGCAGUCAGAUUUACCUAUUCUCCACUAAUGGGUAACCUAACUGUGCAUCCGUCUAUGUAUGAUGAUCAACGACCGUCGUUAGGGAGUUUAAGAUACAGCACUAGGAAUCCGAAGGUAUCAAAACACCAAUCUAGUGGCAGAGAGGUUAUUGCAGGAACAUGUAGAGCCACAGGCUUACAAGUGCCAAAGCAACCCCAGUUCCCGAGAAGGAAUGUUGGUGUAGGACCUCGUUACCAAGCCGUAGUGGACGAAUGGACAGAACCGGGUUUGGAGAGCGAUAGUAAAUGGUUAGGAACCCGUGUAUGGCCGCCGUUAGAAAACAAUGAAGCUGUAGAAGAUUUGGUUGGAAAAGGAAGGGCAAAGUCUUGCAGCUGUGACACCCUCAUAUCUAACUCUGUGGAAUGCAUUAGAUUCCACAUAGCCGAGAACAGAAUGGAGCUAAGACGUGACCUCGGCGAUGUCUUUUUCCAUUGGAGGUUCAAUCAAAUGGGAGAAGAAGUGUCUCUAAGAUGGACAGAACGAGAAGAGAAGAAGUUUAAGAUGAUGAUGAUCUCGAAUCCUAAGUCUUUAUGGAAAAAUGCUGCAAGGCUCUUCCGUGGAAAGAAUAGAGAGGAACUCGUGCAUUACUACUUCAAUGUGUUCUUGAUCAACCGUAGAAGAUAUCAGAACCGUGUGACUCCAAGGCAUAUAGACAGUGAUGACGAUAGUGAAUCUUUUGGUUCUGUUGGUCCCAGUUAUGGUCGUAGUGCUGUUACCUCACCUGAUUCAGAUAUUAUGAUCUGUUCUCAGAAUAGUCAGUGUGGUGAAGUCAUUGACUGAAGAAGAAACAGAAGAUUGUAACAAAAAGAAAAAAAAAAAUGGUUUUUAUGUUUUCUAUGAACUUUUAACUCAUAACCUUCUUCUGAAGAUAGAAGUAUAGGAGUUUGUAGAUUUUUUUUCCCUUUUUUUUUCUUCUUUUUGUGACUUUAUAAAUUUAUUAAUGAAACUAGCAAAAAUGUAACUUUUGGAAUUAGAUCGGUUCA